AUGUCUCUCUGCGAAAUUGAUCCCUAUCUGAUUUCAUAUCGUGACGUACAUAAGUGUAUUGAUUAUAUAAUCAAUUUGGACGAUGAUAAAAACAGCGUAAUUUUAAUUAUAUCGACUAACAAAUUAUUAUUUCCAUCCGAUGCGUGGAUACAGCAAUGCGCCAAAUUGUCACAAAUAGAGUCAAUUUAUAUUCUCUCUACUUCGACAGAUGUAAAUAGUGAACUAGUCAAUAAAUUAAGCAAAAUACGUGGAAUAUAUACUGAACGAUAUUCGUUAUGCGAUGAAUUAAGUUCGUUACCUAAUAUAAAACGACAACGUCGAGAAAAUUUUCAACGCUUCGAUUUUAUCAUUAGCAGCUGGAAGGAAUUAACUGAUGCUUACACAACACCAGUAACAUCGCCGCAGUCUCAACCUUCAUCAAAUAGGAAUGUGCUCGAAUUUUUGUAUUCAAAAGUUCUUCGAGACGUCCUAAUCGAAGAUGUCGAAACAUCACGAAAUGAUAUGAUUAUCUUCUGUCGACAAAAGUAUGCUGAUAAUCUAGUAGAGUUAAAUCAUGUCGACGAUUUCGACGAAUAUUAUCAAUCUGAAAAUGCUAUAUUUUGGUAUACACGUGAUAUAUUUCUGUAUCGUCUGUUGAACAAGGCUCUUAGAGAUCAAGAUGUUCGAGCUCUUUAUUCUCUAAGAUAUUUUACAAGAGAUCUUCAUCUAAAGCUGAAAGAACGCUAUAACUCUCAUCUAUCACCUUCUCUAGUUUCCUGUACAAAUAGUACAGUGUAUCGUGGACAACUAAUGAAGAACGAAGAAUUUGACAGGAAAAUACGAGAUAAUCUUGGGGGAUUCUUUGCUACAAGCUGUUUUCUAUCGACAACUGAAGAUCGACCCUUAGCACUCGUAUAUGCUGGUAAUAACAAAUCGACUAGAAUGUCUGAAGAACAAUGUGUUCUAUUUGAAAUUCCUAUUGAUAAUAGUAUAGAUAAAUUUUCUUAUGCGAAUAUUGCCAGGGAAAGUGCAUUCGGUGAAGCUGAAAAAGAAGUGCUCUUUACAAUGGGCGUCAUCUUUCGUAUACUAUCAAUUACACAAGAUAGCAAUGAGGAUGUUUGGAUUGUUCAAUUGAAACUAAGCGAUGAAGAAGAUGAACAUUUACACGUAAUUAGUUCAAUAAUAAAGAAAGAUAUGGCGGAUCCUUACAAACCUUUGAUAAAAUUAAUAAAAAUCAUGGGCAGAAUGCAAUAUUUAGACGAUGCAGAACAUUUUUCAUUAGUGGCUAUUGAAGAUAAUUCAAUUAAUUCGGAUUUCAAUUUACUAUCGUUAGUUUACUAUCAACUUGGAGUUACAUAUAAAAGUAAGAAGAACAUUAAUGAAGCAAUUAUAUAUUUCAAAAAAGCACUGAAUACCAAAUUGGAGAAUCAUAUUUCACAUACAGAUUCUUCUCUGUCAAGUUUAUAUACCAAUUUAGGAACUGUAUAUGAAAAUAUUGGUGACUAUGAUCGUGCUCAUACUUAUCAUAAUCUGGCAAUGAAGACUCUUUUAGAUGCUGAAACAAUAAAUCAAGCUGAUCUUGCUAUCAAAUAUAGUAAUAUUGCUUCUAUAUGUCGUAAAAAAGAAUAUUAUUUAGAAGCAUUACAUAACUAUACGACUUGUUUAGACAUUGAAUCUGAAAUAUUACUUAAGGAUGACAAAAAAAAAUUAAUUACCAAAAAUAAUAUUGGUGUUGUGCACAUUCACCUAAAAAAUUUUACGAAAGCCAUCGAAUAUUUUCAAAUGCUUGAGACCGAACAGAUUUUAUCUCAAUAUUCAAGUAGCAAUGUGAACUUAGCAGUGGUAUAUUGGAAUCUGGCUUGUGUAUUUUAUCAACAAAGACACCUUACGGAAGCUUUGAGUUACUGUAGAAAAUGUGAGAAUAUCGUCACUAGCCGAUUAAUCUUUGUACUUCACGAAUCCAAAGCUAAGAUGUGCCAAGAUUGGAUUCAACGUAUUGAAGACGAGCUUUCGAAAGAGCAGUAUCAAAUACGGAAUGGAUACGGACCCAACCCAUGGAUAAUAUGCCAUCCUUAUAUGACGAGUGCCAAUCUUGAAUAA